AUGGUUCACCUGUUGGUGCUGUUGCUGAUGCUGUGGAGCUCAGGACUCCAGGCUAAUGGAAAUUACAACUCAACAGAGUCUGUUCGAAUGGUGGGAGGAAAGAGUCACUGUGCGGGAAGACUGGAGGUGAAACGUGACGUUUGGAAACCAGUGAGUCACCAUUUAUGGACCCUGAAGGAAGCAGUUGCUGCCUGUAGAGAGCUGGACUGUGGAUCUGUUGUUUCUGCACAACCCGAAGAUGAGUCCUCAAUCAUAUCUGUGUGGAGGAUCAGCUCAAACUGUGUUCAGUCUGGAUCUGCUCUGAGGAAGUGUGUAACAUACGAUUUCUCUUCCUCCAUCCUGAAUCUCACCUGCUCUGACUUCAUCAGGUUGGUGAAUGGAACCAGUCUGUGCUCAGGCAGACUGGAGGUGAAGCCUAACCAGUCUCCCCAGUCGAAGCAGUGGUCCUCAGUGUGUGAAGCUGACUUUGACCUGCAGGAUGCAGAGGUGGUCUGCAGGGAACUUGGCUGUGGAGCUCCCUCAGUCCUCCAGGGGGCGCUCUAUGGAGAAGUGGAGGCACCAGUGUGGACCAAAGAGUUCCAGUGUGAAGGCCAUGAGUCUGCUCUCCUGGACUGUAGAAGCUCAGAAAGAAACACCUGCUCAUCUGGCAGAGCUGUUGGACUCACCUGCUCAGAGCCUGUCAGAUUGGUAGGAGGAGAGAGUCGCUGUGCAGGAAGACUGGAGGUAAAACACCAAGGAAACUGGAGACCAGUGGAUAACUCUGUCUGGACCCUGAAGGAAGCAGCUUUUGUAUGUAAAGAACUGCACUGUGGUUCUGCUGUUUCUGCAGUAGAGAGUGUGGAGUCCUCAGUCAGAUCUGUGUGGAAGGUCAGACCUCACUGUGGUCUGUCCAGAUCUGCUCUGAGGGAGUGUUUAUCAUCAGCUUCCUCUCGCUCUUUGCUGAAUCUCACCUGCUCUGACUCCAUCAGGCUGGUGAAUGGGAAUAGUCUGUGCUCAGGCAGACUGGAGGUGAAGUCUAACCAGUCUGACCAGAGGUGGUCCUCGAUGUGUGAAGCUGACUUUGACCUGCAGGAUGCAGAGGUGGUCUGCAGGGAACUUGGCUGUGGGGCUCCUUCAGUCCUUCAGGGGGCACUCUAUGGAGAAGUGAAGGCGCCAGUGUGGACCAAAGAGUUCCAGUGUGAAGGCCAUGAGUCUGCUCUCCUGGACUGUAGAAGCUCAGAGAGAAACACCUGCUCACCUGACAGAGCUGUUGAACUCACCUGCUCAGAGCCUGUCAGGUUGGUGGGAGGAGAGAGUCGCUGUGCAGGAACACUGGAAGUGAAACAGGGAGACUGGAGACGAGUAGGUAACACUGACUGGACCCUGAAGGAAGCAGCUGUUGCCUGUGGGGAAAUGGACUGUGGCUCUGCUGUUUCUGUAGGACGGGGAAAGAAGUCCCCAGACAAAAAUGUGUUGCUCAUCAGGUAUAACUUUGUUCAGUCUGGAUCUGUUCUGAGGGAGAGUGUAACACCAGGCUUCGCUUUCUUCAUCCUGACUCUCACCUGCUCAGACCUGCUGCUUCAGCCCAACAUCUGUGUAUCCACUAUGGAUGGGGUCUGCGAGGCCCAGCAGCAGGGGUUUCAGGUGUCCAAGGGGUCAAACUUCACCAUCUGCUGCUCCAUCCAGCCACAGUACCCAGGAGGCUCCUUCCAGCUCACCUUUACAUCCAUCAACUCAGCACAAAAGUACACCCAACCUGCUGUCAAUCACUCUGCCAACUUCCUGUUUCCUGAUGCAGAACCCGCUCACCAAGGAAGCUACAGCUGUGUUUAUCACAUCCUUGUUUUUUCUCACAACUUCUCCUCUGAGAGCCGUCUGCUGUCACUCACUGUCUCAGAAUCAGAUCCAGAACCCCUUAUCAUGAAAAUGGUCAUCCUGCUGAUGACUCUGCUGUUGGUGAACACUGUGCUGUACUUCUACCGUAAGGCAAUUAUAGGGCAGAAGGCAGGCAGACAGGAGAACAUUCAGCUGGACUAUUACAACAUGGGUGUUUCUGCAGCGGAAAGAGGGCAAUCUGCUGGUGUUUGUGAUUGA